AUGAUCAUACGGCCUGCCAUUGGUCAAUACUCAAGACUCAACAGCCGAUCACAUCCACCUCGACUCUUGACCACCACCAACAAACCCGCAAUGAGCACCACAACCCUCAAACAAGCCUUGCUUGCUACCUCGCUCAAGCCCGCCAGCCGACUCGGCGUACACACCACCUGCCUCAAGUCACCGGUCUUGGCGAGCUUAUCGGGCCUUCAUCAACGAAGGUUUAACAGCUCCAAGACACUCAAAUGCUCCGAAGACGAUGCACUCAAGUUGUUGAAUGAGCAGCGAAAGCUUCGUCCCUCAUCUCCUCAUUUCACCAUCUACCAACCCCAGUUGACUUGGUAUUCUAGUAUUGCAAACCGAGUUACCGGUUGCGCCCUAUCAGGCGGUUUUUACGCGUAUGCGUUGGGUUACAUGGCCUUGUCUGGUAGUAUCCCAUUAGAUUCAGAUACCGUUGUACAAGUUGUGGCCUCCAGUCCCGAAUGGGCCAAGGUCGCCGGAAAAGCUAUCGUUGCUUUACCAUUCACCUAUCACACAUUUAACGGAGUCAGACAUCUAGCUUGGGACAUGGGAUACCUCCUUGACCUCAAAACAAGCUACACCGCAGGGUACACCGUCCUUGGUUUGACAGCUGUAUCUACCGUCGGGUUGGCUCUGAUCUAG